AUUUUUGAAUUUCUCAUCUUCCCAAACUGUUUUUGUUACUAACCCAAAUGCGAAUAAUUUUGACGGAGCGAACAUUAAACCCACGUGACUAACCGUCUAGCUGUUUCCGCUGAAGUUGUCUUUACCAUAUGGGACUCGACGUCGUCGCAAUGUCCUUGCUGCUAGUGUCUUCAUUAAAAAUGCUGCAUUUCUUCUGUGCACAGCAUUCAGUUUGGCAAUUACAAACUACACUGCUAAUAAAUGUAUAAUUAAUAACUGCUGAGACUAUUAUUUUGAAAAAAUCCUGGCGACACACAAUCCCGCCUCUCGUCGCCAUUUUGGAGUGAAAACAAGAGCGCAGAAACAGCCAGAAUGCCAACGAAAGAGAAGUCGAAGUUGAAUGAAAAACCACAAUGUUCAGCAAUCCAAUGCAAAAACGAUCAAUGUGACAGUAAAGAUAUCGCAUUUUAUCGGUUUCCCAGAGAUCCUGACAGGUGUGCCAGGUGGGUGCAGAAUCUCGGGAAUGCAUCUUUGAAGGAGAUAAGCUCUCAGCAGCUCAAUCAAAACCAUAGGGUGUGCAGUGCACAUUUUGAUGAUAGCCAGUUUAAGAGACCAUCAGAUGUCCAUGCAGGAUUGAAACGGGAUGCAGUGCCAACAAUGGUUAAUGCCCCUGACCCGUCAACUCCAUUGGACUUGAUGUUAAAGAGAAAGCCACCAAAGAUGCGUCAGCUGUUACCACCAAAGAAACGCAAGAUAAAUAUUGGCAAAAAUAAUGAUAUUGUUGACCCGUCAAAUGCAGGCUCAUCAACUGCAGACAAUAAUGAACAACCCAUUGUUUCAGAGACAAAUAUUACGUCACCUGAUGCUUCUGUAGCAGGCCCUUCAAUGCCACUGACGCCACCAUUGCCACCGGUGUCAUUGCCAACAAAACUUGAAGCUGCUGCUGAUGAAAAUGACCUGAAGACGAAGAUUAAAAGUCUGAAGUGGAAUAAAAGAACGCAGUGUUCUGCAAUCCAUUGCAAAAACUAUCAGUGUAACAAUUCAGAUGUUGCCUUUCAUCGUUUUCCCAAAGAACCUGAUAGGUGUGCCAAGUGGGUGCAGAAUCUCAGGAAUGCGUCUUUGAUGGGGAUGAGCUCACAGCGGCUCAAUACGAACUAUAGGGUGUGCAGUGCACAUUUUGAUGCUAGCCAGUUUAAGAGAUCAUGUGAUGUCCAUGCGGGAUUGAAAUGGAAUGCGGUGCCCACAGUAGUUAAUGCCCCUGACCCACCAGCCCCAUUGGACUUGAAGAUAAAAAGAAAGAGACCAAAGAAGCAUCAGGAGUUGCCAUCAAAGAAACGCACAAAAAGUUUUAUCGUUGACCUGCCAAAUGCAGUCGCAUCUACUGCAGACAGUGUUGAACAACCCGCUGAUUCAGAGACUGACUUUACAUCACAUGACGCUUCUGUAGCAGGACCUUCAACUCCACUGACAGGACUAUUGCCACCUGUGUCGCCACCAGUGGUGGUGUCGCCGCCAGUGGUGGUGUCGCCGCCAGUGGUGGUGUCGCCGCCAGUGGUGGUGUCGCCGCCAGUGGUGGUGUCGCCGCCAGUGGUGGUGUCGCCGCCAGUGGUGGUGUCGCCGCCAGUGGUGGUGUCGCCGCCAGUGGUGGUGUCGCCGCCAGUGGUGGUGUCGCCGCCAGUGGUGGUGUCGCCGCCAGUGUCAUUGCCAACAGACCUUGAAGCUGCUGCUGCCAGGGAAAAGGCCCUAAAAAAGAAUAUUAAGAAUCUAAGGGUACAGGUGUGCAGAAUGAAGGCGAAAAUAAGGAACAUGACCCAGCUAAUGAAGACCAGGAAGCCAUCUGUCAAUAAGGAGACAGUGAUGGAGGAGCUGCAGAAGCUCUUACCAGCCAAAACAUAUGCUUUUGUGAGAACACAGAUACGUGUGUCUCAGCGGAAAGCUAAUGGUUUUCGGUGGACCACUCAGGACAAAGCUUUCUUCUUGUCUCUGCUACGCGCCAGUCCAAAAUGUUACAAGCUACUGUUAAACGUGUUUUCUAUGCCAUCUGUCCGCACGCUGCAGAAGCUUAUGAAGUCUGAUGAUUUCAAAUCUGGCUUUAACCCCAACAUUCUUGCAACAACAAAGAAGGCUACAAAAAGCCCACGGAUAAGGCCCAUGGAUAAGAAUUCAGCUAAACAUUGCUCCCAGGAUAGUCCCAUGAUCAGUACUGGGAGGAUUAUUGAAGAACACAGCUAUGAUAAAGUGACUACUGACUGUAUAGAAGAUGAAACGAGCACCGUAUAUGCAGAUCCACCAGCCACUGUUAAUGCGGGAACCGAAGUAGAGCAGUCAGUGAAGUAUUUAGUAGAAAUUAUCAUUUGACUGCCAACAAAUAUCUUCUUUUAGUUCUGGAGAUCAUGGUAAGUGAUCUUGAGAGAGAGGAGGCCACCAGUUUCAGCAGCUUAUGCACCCAAAAUUGGCGAAUCUCAGCCAAAUCUGUUAAUGUUAAUGUUACAAACAUAUUUGUCAAGUUCAGUCUCAGUAAGCUCUCUGUGUCUUGUCGUUAUUCGUUCUUCUAUCCACUGUUUAAAUGUUUAGUUUUUUCCGUACAUGUUAAAAUUAAUGUCAAAAUGUUCCAUUCUUAAUUGUGGUUGUCCAGUGUUUGUCACAAGAUGGCGCCAAACAGUAAUCUUUGUUGGCGCGGAGGGAUUUUAAGCAUACAAGUAGUCCGGCUAUGCGUUAUUACUUUGGAGCGGUUAUUAUUUGAAAAGAUCGAACCUGCAAAUGUCUCAACUGACCAAUCAGAAUCAAGCAUUCCAGAGAGCCGUGUAAUAAUUAUUAUGACACCCACAGUAAAUGUUGUAUUGUUUUGUUAGUUUUAUAUUAUCAGUUGUGCAGUCCAACCAUUAAGUAAACAUUUAAUAAGGUAGUUUUAGCCAACUUGAGUAUUUUAAUUUAAUGCAACUAAAAAUUAUAUAUUGUACAUUUUUAUUUCCCUGGAACACACUUCAAAGUAUUGGCCAGCCCUAUUACAAACUUAAUCUAACAUUUCCAUUUUUUUCUGAUGCCUAUCCUUAAUUUAAUUUCAUAUGUUGGUGUUAAGUUUAUAAUGUUAAUAUUUUUAAGAAUUUACUAAGAAUUAAAAUUGAUCAUCUUAAAAUGUGUCAUAGAAUGUAAAACUGUAUGAAUAAUAAGAUUUCUGUACAUGGUAAUGACAUCAUAAGCCUCAAACAUUAAACCUUGUGCAUGCCAAAGAUCUCAACAUGAGACCAACUGUGACGUUACGCCCCAACAUUAAAUUACAAAUUAAGUACAA